CUCGGAAGCCGGAAUCAGCGAAUAUGAGCAGUUCGUGCUUUCAUCCCAGCAUUCGCGCGCGUGUGCCGGACCUUCCAUCUGGCAAAAAACUUCGCCCCGAGGCCCGCCCUCCUCAGCACCUCCGCCUAUCCUGCGCCGUAGGUGUACGGCGCAUCCCCUUGCAGCAUCGAGCGGAGAAGAAGGUCCGUCCAAUGGCAGCAGCAGCGACACCAUUCUCAAGUGAUAGCUCCAUCGAAAUGCGCGAAGAAUCCGACUUUCAAGUGCUUCUCUCUCCAGACGGAUAUAUCUCUGUCUGCGGUUUCGGUUCUCUUCUCUCAGAAAGAAGCGCAAGGAGUACAUUUCCUGACCUCAUAAACUUCAGGAUGGGGAAAUUACAUGGAUUUCGACGAAUCUUCUGCCAUGUUGCUCCAAUUUUCUUUGAUCGUGGGAUAGCAAAAGAAGAAACUGGGGAGAUUUCGAGCCUGAGCGUAGAGCCCUGUCAACGGGAAACUCUUGUCAUUACUGUGUUUGACAUAAAAAUAUCGGAGGUUCCAUCUUUUAUUGAAAGGGAGCAUGAAUUUCGUUUCUUAGCUGUUGUGCCUGAAGAAAUGAAUGGGGAACCUUUUACUCGCCCGGCUGUGCUUUGCGCUCGUUAUAGCGAUGAGGAAUACUUUCAUGUUAGAUGCAAAGGAAGCAAAGAGAUCUUUUUUCAGCGCUAUGGACGCCUUAACAUCCAGAAAAUAUGGCGGGAUGAUAUCUUACCAUGCCGUGUUUAUCUUAGGCAUUGUGUGUUGGCUGCGAAGAAUCUCGGAGAAGCAGCUUAUGAAAACUUCUUAGAUCAUACAUUCCUUGCCGAUCGGAAAACAACAAUCCGCCAAUACUUGUAUACAACUGGUUCUGGUAUUAUGGAAGAAGAGCCUCCAGAAGCACUCAAGAGCCGCUAUGGAGGUUGACGACAUGAACCGUCCAAGCGCAUACCCACAUUGAAAUGAUUAUGUGCAGCCUGAUGGACAGAUGACGAAUUUAUUUUGAUGGCUUAGAUCAUCUCAUUUCAACUACAAGUCAAGUGGGCAAUCUCCGCAGCUCAUUUAUAUUACUAUAUGGGCCUGACUUGGUUAAGAAAGGAGAAAAAAGCGCGUCCCACCAGAUGCCUACAAUUUGGUUUGUUCUUUGAUUACAAAGUUUAAUAGGUUGAGAUAGAAGAAAGACUCAAGCACUGUGUUUUAUUAAUUGCCUGAGGUACUUGCAUGGAUUGCUGACUGGUCCGAGUCGACUCGACUCAAGACCAGAUGAAUGGGCCUGAGUUGAAGGAUUAGGCCUAGAUGGGCUGAUCCCGUGUUUCGUGGUCGUAGAGGGUUGAGGAUGUCCUCCUACAGGCUCUUUUCCUCGUGUCAGCACCGAUUCUUGCGUGAGAACCAUUGUGGGGCUGAGUUGAAGGAUAAGGCCGAGUGGGGACUCUUGUCAUUUUAUGGAAUUUUUAUAAUUUUAUUUUGCUACUG